AUGGCCAAUCCAACCGUUUUCUUCGAUAUUACUGCUGGCGGAAACCCGCUUGGAAGAAUUGUGAUGGAGUUGAGGGCAGAUGUGGUUCCCAAGACGGCCGAAAAUUUCCGCGCUCUUUGUAUCGGCGACAAACCGGGGCUUUCAUACAAGGGCUCCUGUUUUCACCGCGUUAUCCCAAACUUCAUGUGUCAAGGUGGCGACUUUACUAAAGGCAAUGGCACUGGCGGUAAAUCCAUUUAUGGCGAAAAGUUUGAGGACGAAAACUUCGAGUUGAAACACACUGGCCCGGGCAUCCUUUCCAUGGCAAAUGCCGGACCCAAUACCAACGGCUCCCAGUUUUUUAUUUGCACCGCAAAGACCUCGUGGCUUGACGAAAAGCAUGUAGUAUUUGGAAAAGUCACCGAGGGAAUGGAUGUCGUUCGAAGCAUCGAAAAGUUGGGCACGAGCUCUGGUUCCGUCAGCCCCAAGGUUGUGAUCGCCAACUGUGGUCAGCUUUAA